UCUAGAAUCGUCGACCAGAACCCGCUACAUACGAAUCGCGAAUCGCCGCACGCCUGCCGCAGUUUGCUGCAACUUGCCGCACCGACACCGUCCCAUGGCCAUGUCGCGCUCGCUCCACGCCUGCGAGCGGCUGUCCGUGCCGGCGCUGCGACAGCUGCUGCGGGACACGGACACGCUGCUGUUCGACUGCGACGGGGUGGUGUGGCGCGGCGCCGACGCGCUGCCGGGCGCCGCCGCCACGCUGAACGCGCUGCUCCGGACGCCGGGGAAGCGCGUCUUCUUCCUCACCAACAACAGCUCGGCGACGCGGCGCGGACACGCCGACAAGCUGCGGCGCCUCGGCGUGCGCCUGCCCGGUGGGGACGAGCCGCAGCGUAGCGUGUACGGCACGGCGCACUGCGCGCCUCUCUUCCUGCUGCAGCAGCAGCAGGAGCAGCAGCAGCAGGAGCAGCAGGAGCAGCAGCAGCAGCGGCCGUACAAGGUGUAUCUGAUCGGCAGUGAGGCCAUGGCGAGUGCACUUGAGGAGGCAGGGAUCCCUUUUGUUGGGGGCCCGGGCCCUGAAGUCGACCUGGGCUGGCCGCCAGAGAAGCCGGAACUGGACCCGGAUGUGCGGGCGGUGCUGCUGGGCUUUGAUCGACAUUUCAGCUACGCCAAGAUGGUGCGGGCAGUGGCGUACCUCCGCGAUCCUGCCUGUGCCUUCGUCGCUACCAACACUGACACCUGUCUGCCGCUGGAGGGGGACAGGGUUAUUCCAGGCACAGGAAGCCUCCUCGCUGCCCUGGAGUGUGCGUCGCAGCGCAAGGCGGCCAUCGUGGGCAAGCCCAGCGAGUUCAUGUUUGAGUGUGUGCUGCGUGCCGAGAAGGUAGCACGCGAGCGCUGCUUAAUGGUCGGUGACCGCCUCGACACGGAUAUCCUCAUGGGCACACAAUGCGGCCUGCCCACGCUGCUGGUGCUCACGGGUGUCUCUACGCUGGCCGAGGCGCAGGCCUGUCGCGACAGCUCCGACCACGAGCGCCACCAGCUGGCGCCCACUUACGUCAUCGACUCCAUCGCUGACCUGCUGCCUGCGAUCGACGAGCUCUGAUCAACGUGUCUUAUUUCACCUUGAUUGCUUAGCAAUAGC